AUCGAACACCCACAGUCGUCACCAUGGGCUAGAGCUAUCGAAAGCGCCACGAAGCGGACACCAAGUCAUUCGACGGUUGAUUCAGCGUUCGGCUUCCUUUCGUCACCUUCCCCAGUGGUUGGACCUCGGACACCAAGUCAUUCGACGGUUGAUUCAGCGUUCGGCUUCCUUUCGUCACCUUCCCCAGUGCGGACACCAAGUCAUUCGACGGUUGAUUCAGCGUUCGGCUUCCUUUCGUCACCUUCCCUAGUGGUUGGACCUGUUCUUUUCUUCAAUGCGCCGUCGUCGAUUGUUCUGGUGGAUAAAAGUGGC